AUUCGUUACUCCCUCUCUCCACUGAUCCCUUCUAUCUUCUUCCGGGCCCUGCUGCUUUCUUCGGUUUAUAACGGCGACAAGGAGCGAAUAUCCGGCCCUUAUCGAGAACUUGCUGAACGGCCACUGUAUAUUAUCCACCCGGCUCCUCGGCUUGCGAGAGGCCACUCGACCCGGACGGCCCUCCCACCUCCUAUUUAAAGGCCAUCGCAGACCGGCCGGCCCUUGGACUCGCCCAGCCUCUGCUCGAGUGUCUCGCGGACAGCCAGCGAUACCCGAAAAUAUCUCCCGAGCGGGCCAUCCUCAGGGGUACCAUAACUAUUCGGACACACCUACGCCCGCCCAAACCGUUCGAGUCAAUGAUAGGCACCAUGCCUUAUCAAUACCCGUCACCGCAAGACGGGGCAGUAAUAGAUAUGCCGCAUAGCGGCUACGCGGGCGGCUAUCCGGUACCAACGACUUCCGCCCUAGAGGAGACACACGACAUCGAUCAUGUACCUUUUGGCCUGUCAAACGAGAAGAAAAGGAACAAAUUGGGGUAUCAUCGAACACCUAUUGCUUGUGGGCACUGUCGGCGAAGAAAGAUCAGAUGCAAGCAGCCGGAGAUUCCAGAUGUCUUGGGAAGAUGUGAGAGUUGCAUUAGUCUGAAGAAAGAAUGUGUCUACCACGCAGUAAACCAGCCGCCGCCUCCGAUACCCCCGACAGGGCAGAGACAAGGGACGAAAACAUCCAAUAGUUCUGGCCUUGAGUCCUCUUCCACGUCGCCGGCGCUAUCGGCGGGACAUUCGGGGGAGGCUCAACCAAACACGCCCUACCACCAAAUGGCUACGAUGCCAAACAUGGGUCAGCAGUCUAUAGGGCCGAGAGGGGGCGAGAGUUACUCCGUUGAACCCAAAGUUCCACCCAAUGCGCCCAACGGCCGAACGUUCGAUUACGCCCACGGGAUCGGCAGCUGGGUGACGACAGAAGCGAGUGCUGGCGUCUCGAGGACGUCUAACGACACAAACAGUCAAUGGACGACGAAUUUUGCCAACGGGAUGCCGGAACCCUCCGAUUUCCCUCAAUAUAGCCCUCACGCGCCGUCGCCGUCGAUGACCUGGCCGGCAGCGCUUGGAACACCAGGCAGAAUGGACGCCAACGGACGUCUAGGCGAUACGUGGAAGCCAUAUUCGCCGGCGGCAAGAUCAAUGUCCUUUAGUGGCGAUCAAUCCAGCCAAUACCCCCCAUCGACGAGGCCGUACGAAAGGGCGCAGCCACCGAUGGCUCCCCACGUCAAGAUCGAAGGCGUGCCGGAAAUGGCGCUCAACCACCAGAACGGCUCUCUCUCGGCCGGUGCCGAGCCCCAUCCGUCAUACGGAACGUGGCAGCAGCCGUACCCGUACGCCAAAGCUGGCGAAGAGUACGGCGGAUGGUAUGGAGGAACCGGAGAACAUCAGCCGGGAGCGCACGUUUCAUCGGUGGCCGAGGACACCUCCGGUAUGUACUACGGCGGGAGAUGACGUCUAACUCGGACCGGAUGUCGCGUCGAGGUCAGACUACGCCCGCAACUCCGACUUCGCGUGUCCCUCGUAUCCUGCCGUCGUCCGGAUGUUCCCACCCGAAGAGGAACUGGACGAGGGAAAAAGAAAAGCAAAAGAGAAAAAAAAAUGGUUCAGAAAAAGGGGGGCCGACUUCAGAGCAACCAAUCCAAAAUGAACACCGAGCAAUCUACUUGCUUCCCCACCCUUUCUCACCGGACAAUUGUACAAUCGGGGAUGCCGAUACGUUGUGAUAGAAGAGGCGAAAGGUGGCCAUGGAAAGGCGGCCAUGGAAAGGCGGCCACGUAGGCUGGAGUGAGCGGGAAAGGGACAUAGAAGGGCCAUACCGAGAUGUGGAAGAUUGGAAUACCGGAACCAAAAAAAAAGGAAAAUGAACGAGAGAAGUCCGAGCCACCGCGUUGCCCUAUACGCACCUGGCGAAGGGAGAGGAUUUGAGACACAUAUCGCAAACGCAUUGGAAACGCCUCUCCUAGGGGGGAGGCGGCAGGCGAAGUGGCCAAGGGGAUAAAAAGAGAAAAGGGAUCGACAGCAAUACGCCAUCCGCCCCCCCCCCCCCUGGACACGACAAACGUUGAACCCCCC